GUCAAACUUUUUGAAUUGUUCUCUGGUUCAAUAACACCGCGGAUCCAGUGGCUAAAGACAUCCACUAUUAUUUUUUGUUGUUAUUAGAAUAUUUAGUUAAAUAAAUCAUGAAUAUUCCAAACGAAUAUAUUGCGAAGACAGAAGAUGUCGCGGACCAAGUGAUCCGUAAGGGAAAACAUGUUUUGCCGACAGUCGCUCGUCUCUGCUUGAUUUCGACAUUCCUUGAAGAUGGCAUCCGGAUGUUUGUGCAAUGGAACGAACAGCGGGAGUACAUGGACAUGAGUUGGGGUUGUGGCAAAUUCUUGGCUACAAUUUUCGUUCUCGUCAAUCUUUUUGGACAACUUGGAGGUUGCGCUCUUGUCAUCGCGCGCUUCAAGGUAGAAAUUGCUUGCGGAAUUUUGUUCUUCAUCGUCGUUUUGCAAACAAUUGCUUACUCAAUUUUGUGGGACAUUCAAUUCUUGCUGCGAAAUUUGGCGUUAAUCGGUGCUUUGUUGCUCGUACUUGCCGAAUCGCGUAGCGAGGGCAAGAGUUUGUUCGCUGGAGUGCCAUCCAUGGGCGAAAAUAAGCCGAAAAAUUUCAUGCAAUUAGCCGGACGUAUCUUACUCGCAUUUAUGUUCAUCACUUUGAUCCGAUUUGAAUUCAGCUUCCUUCAAAUCUUACAAGACAUUGUCGGCUCAAUUUUGAUGGUUUUGGUAACAAUUGGAUACAAAACAAAAUUAUCAGCACUUGUCCUUGUCGCACUCCUUACUGUCCUCAAUUUGUACCACAAUGCAUGGUGGACAAUUCCCGCCUACAAGCCACUAAGGGACUUCUUGAAAUACGAUUUCUUCCAAACUCUUUCCGUCAUUGGAGGUCUCUUGAUGAUUGUGUCUCUCGGUCCAGGCGGUGUUUCGAUGGAUGAGCACAAGAAAAAAUGGUAAAACGGUGAAACUGAAACGAUAAUUACUUAAAAAAACAUUAAAGUCAAAAUUACUAAAAAUGUUCCAAUAAGAAAAAGUUGUACGGACAAGAACCAGACACACAUUACACAUUUCACAAAACAACGUUUUUCAAAUUAACUUAAAAAAAUGAUAAUUUUAUUUGUUAUUUAAAGAUUUACAAAAAUGCAAAAAAUUGGAAAAGAUAAUAAAAAAAACUAUAAAUUCCUUUU